CCUUAGCAUUCUGCUAACUAGUUCCUAUCAGCUGGCUCACUCACUGGCCAGUGGCAGGGGGGUUUGUGACUAGCUGACCAGGCUUCUCCCCAGCACACACACAACCCCCUGCUCCAUACGCCACUGGACACAGCUGGGUGACACUGCCAUACUGUGAAGAUGAAGCCUGAUCUGUAUAUAUGCAUUCUGCAACUUCUACUGCUCACAGCUGGAACUUGGGGUGCCAGUAUCUGUGCCACUCGUGGGGUAACCUCUUGCCAGAAAUGCCUUGCUGUGAACCCACAAUGUGCAUGGUGUUCCCAAGAGAAUUUUGGGAAAGGAGCUCCCCGCUGUGACCUCAAAUCUGCACUUCUGAGCAAUGGAUGUGAGAUGGAGAACAUCGAAUUCCCAGUCAGUACCUUCCAAGUAGCUGAAAACCGACCCUUAAGUGUCAAAGGUUCAGAAGGUGACACCAGGGAAAUAACCCAGAUAUCUCCUCAGAAGAUUGACCUGUACCUAAGACCAGAUGACCCCAAGGUCUUCAACCUACAAGUAAGGCAAGUAGAAGACUAUCCUGUGGAUAUCUACUACCUUAUGGACCUUUCAUACUCCAUGAAGGAUGAUUUAAUCAAGAUUCAAACCCUCGGCACUAGUUUAUCAGAAAGGAUGCGUCGGCUAACCAGUAACCUGCGGAUUGGAUUUGGUGCAUUUGUUGACAAACCCAUGGCACCAUACAUGUUCAUGUCACCUCCUGAAGUCAUCAAAAACCCCUGUUAUGAAUUUCACACUGAGUGCAUGCCCACUUUUGGAUAUAAACACAUCCUGGCACUUACAGAUGAAGUCACACGAUUUAAUGAGGAGGUCCAGAAACAGAAGGUCUCCCGAAACCGUGAUUCUCCUGAGGGUGGAUUUGAUGCAGUGAUACAGGCAGCUGUGUGCGAUAAUAAGAUUGGCUGGAGAAAUGAAUCCUCUCACCUACUGGUCUUCACCACAGAUGCUAGAACCCACAUAGCACUAGAUGGUAGACUGGCUGGUAUUGUUCAACCCAAUGAUGGAAAAUGCCACCUUGAUCUAAAUAACAACUAUGCUGCUUCCACCACUCUGGAUUAUCCAUCCAUUGGCCUUAUGACCGAAAAGCUCUCAGAGAAGAAUAUUAAUCUGGUGUUUGCAGUCACAAAUGAAGUACUGAGCCUGUACACAAAAUACAGUGAACUGAUCCCUGGCACCACGGUGGGAGUUUUAUCCCAGGAUUCAAGCAAUGUCAUCCAGCUUAUUGAAAAUUCCUAUGAGAAGAUCCGCUCAAAGGUGGAGCUUGAGGUGCGCGACCUUCCGGAGGAGCUGUCCCUUUCCUUUAGUGCUUCCUGCCAGAACGAUGAGUUCACUCCUGGUCUAAAAUCUUGCACUGGCCUCAAGAUUGGAGAUACAGUAAGUUUCUCCAUUGAAGCCAAGGUACGAGAAUGUCCAUCAGUACGAGAAAAAACAUUCACCAUCAAACCUGUUGGAUUUAAGGAUUCGUUAACAGUCACUGUGCAUUUUCAAUGUGACUGUGCUUGUCAGGAUUAUGACCAGCCUAACAGCACUCUUUGCAAUCAUGGGAAUGGCACCUUGAGCUGCGGAAUCUGUCAGUGUAACCCCGGCUGGUUAGGACCUUACUGCGAGUGUUCCGAAGAGGACUACAAUCCCUCCCAACAGGAUCGCUGCAGCCCAAAGGAAGGGGCAACCAUUUGCAAUCGAAGAGGGGAGUGUGUCUGUGGGCAAUGUGUGUGCCAUGCCAAUGACCUAGGCAAGGUGUGGGGUAAAUACUGUGAAUGUGACGACUUCUCCUGUUUGCGGUACAAGGGGGAGAUGUGCUCAGGGCAUGGCCAGUGCAACUGUGGUGAUUGUAUUUGUGAGUCUGACUGGACAGGGCAUUACUGCAAUUGCACCACUCGCACAGAUACCUGCAUGUCCAGCAGCGGCCUCUUGUGCAGUGGGAGAGGUCAAUGUGUCUGUGGGAAGUGUGAAUGUACCCAGCCCGGCUCCUACGGAGAUACUUGCGAAAAAUGCCCUACCUGCCCUGAUGCCUGCACCUUUAAGAAGGGCUGUGUGGAGUGCAAAAAAUUUGAGAGAGGCCCCUGGUUUGAGGAUUCUUCUUGCAAGCACAUUUGCCGGGAUGAGAUUGAGUCUGUCAAUGAGCUGGUGGACAAUGGAAAGAAUGCAGUGAAUUGCACCUAUAAGGAUGAAAAUGACUGUGUGGUCAGAUUUCAGUACUACGAGGACUCAAGUGGGAAAUCUGUAUUGUACGUCAUUAAUGAAGCAGAGUGCCCACAAGGUCCUGAUAUUCUGGUAGUCCUCAUGUCUGUCAUGGGUGCCAUACUGCUUAUCGGGUUGGUAGCUUUGCUCAUAUGGAAGCUGCUUAUUAGCAUUCACGAUCGACGCGAAUUUGUCAAGUUUGAAGAAGAGAGAGCUAAAGCCAAAUGGGACACGGCUCACAAUCCUCUCUAUAAAGGAGCCACGUCCACGUUUACCAAUAUAACCUACCGUGGGAAUACUGAGUGAACAUUAGAUCUAAGACCCAAUGAUACACACCUUCAAGGAAGAGAGUUUAAAACUCAAAUUGUAUAGAGAAACAUGAAAGUCUAAAAGCACUUCACACUUCCUGCCUAUAUUGCCUUAUACGCCCAAAUCACUGCAAUAGACACAAUGCCUAAAGUCACUCUUCGAGUCAACUCAGCCAGACCCUAGGAUGAUGUUUACAAUGAGUGUCUGGAGAGUUUCCAAUGUAUUUGCGCCAAUCACUUCCACAGGAAAAUAAAAAAACUACUGGAUUGUGAUAUUUCCUGGUUUAUACAAAAUGGCUGCUGAUCAGGAGAUUUGAGGCAGCCAACAGGAACUGCAACAUCAUUGUGUGACAACAUGGUCAGCUGUUAAAUCUCACACAAAACUGAUGUGGGUACAUACUGAGGAGUAACUGUGUAGUACAACUGUAAUAUUGACUUUUGUCAAGGAGUUUCUGUUCCAUCAUCUCUGUCGCACUCAGUCAGGGCAAUUUAUUACGCAAGUACCUCAUGGCGACACUGGUAUUUUACGCUGCUUUUACAGGAAGUGGCAGGUUAGAAUAACGUUUUGGGGGUUUAAGAUUCAUAGACUAUGAGUUUUAUUCAUUCUUUUCCAGCAGUAAAAUCUUCUCUCUCAGAUUUGGUUUAUUGGUUUAAAAAAAAAACAAAACAAUGGAAUUUUAUGGCAAGGAAGUAGUUAAUAUUCUUGUAUUGUGAAGGGGAAGAAACAGCCAUACUGCUCAAUGCUGUUUAUUUGCAAACCACUGUUUAUUUGUGGAACCACUGAAUUCACUGCUGCUUUUUCUUGUCAGAUGCCUGGUGCUUAUUCACAUUUAUCUGAUCCAGAGCUGGGCAUGGAGUAUUAAAGGCUCAGUGCUGUGGUGCCUGCCGUGUUUCACAGGGAGAUAAAGCGCUUAAGGCCAUGGCUUGUAGGCUCCAGAGCUGGGCCGUCAGCAGGCGAGACAAUCCUGCUUCACAAAAAAUGCUUUGUCGAUAUCCGGACUUGAACCACUCAGUUAUCCACUGCUCAUAUGCUUCUGAUUAUCCUGGCAUACAAAGAAAGCAAAAUGCAAAACCAAGAAUAAAGGCACAAAAAGACCAGCAGUAAACAAAACUCACCAAGUAGAAGUGGUGAUCCAGGUGCACCAGCCCCAGACCCUCGGCAUAAAGCAAGAAACAGCAACCAUUAUGGGCAUAAAGGCACUCAGGAACCUCCAUGGGGGUCACAAAAUUUAAAAGUAAAAAAACUUUAUUCAAAGUUACAUUAAAAACAUCUCCAUAAAUCCUACAUGUUUCAUGCCCUAGGGGCACUUAAUUAUGGGCUAAAUGUGAGCCUCAGGAAGUAGAUAUCUAUGUUUCUUGCUUUAUCCAAAGAAAGCAGAGUUGCCAUAUAGUUUCUAUUAGACAUUGCAGUAUGAGGGUAUAACUUAGAGAGGGAUUCAGUUGUUUUGGGAGCAUAACUGGGUGGGGCGGGGUGUAAUGAUGGGAGUGUCUAUAAAUAUAUAUAAAUAUUAGCAAUUACAAUGCCGAUAAAAUCGAAAUACUAGCACUGAUCGGGUAGCAACCCUAAUGGAAGUCUGUAAUUGGCUUAUGUAUGUUAAAUGGUGGGCUGCCAUGUGGAAGGUACAAGGGCCCCCAUAGAAAAGGGGAGUCUCAAGACAGAAAAGCUUGAAGUUAGACAUAAUUGGUGAGUGGCUGGGGCAGGGGUGUGACUGUGCAUGCAAGGGGCAUUUGGUGCCCUAUUGGCAGGGCCCACCUCCAGAAGGCCUUGGUAAGCAGUGGACUAUUAAGCAGGGUCCCCUGGAUGCUGAUCACUGUUAUCUAAGUAAGAAUGGACUCUGACUGACUUCCUGCCACACUGAUAAUAGAAUGUAAAAAUUUACUUAGCAUCUGCUGCCUCUUUUUUGGGGUCACAUGAGUCCCAUUGCCCCCUACUUUGUGCCCUGUUUUCUGAGAUUUUUGUAUAAGUUUGACUAUGUUUUUUUUGUCUUAUACAAAUUUGGUUAAAACUGCAAAAAUUCCACAAUUAUCAAUAUAAAAUCAGUCAAUAAAUCACUCUGGUUCUCACUCA